AUUUUAUCCACUGAAAUUCUGUUAAUCUUUAUUAAGAUGGUUAAGACAAUUCGUAAGAUCGUUUAUUCCUAUUCUUUGGAUGAUAAUUGAGGCUUCAUAAUUCCUGUAGCUUAAACUGUGAAAGGUUGACAAAUGAGGGGUAGAAGUUAUAGUUACAGUCCUUCCCCUCCAAGGGGUUACAGCAGGAGAUAUCGGAGCCCUAGCCCAAGAGGUCGCUAUGGAGGUCGUGGGAGAGAUCUUCCUACUAGUCUCUUGGUCCGUAAUCUUCGCCGUGACUGUAGGCCUGAAGAUCUUCGUGGGCCAUUUGGGGAAUUUGGUCCCUUGAAGGACGUUUAUCUGCCUCGUGAUUACUAUACAGGGGAGCCAAGGGGUUUUGGUUUUGUGCAAUAUGUAGACCCUGCUGAUGCAGCUGAAGCCAAAUAUCAGAUGGAUGGCCAGGUUCUUCGUGGGCGUGAGCUAACUGUUGUGUUUGCUGAGGAAAACCGGAAAAAACCAUCAGAAAUGAGGGCUAGAGAACGGUACAGGGGUCAGUCUUAUGAUAGGAGGCGGUCACCACCUCGUUAUUCUCGAUCACCAUUUUCUUCUCAGACGUAUUCCCGUACUCCUGAUUAUUAUUCACCAUCUCCUCGACGAAGGUAUUAUUCGAGGUCCAUUUCUCCUCGAGAUCGGAGGUACAGGAAAAGGUCUUACUCAAGGUCUCCUUAUGGCUCAAGGAGCCGGAGUUGGAGUCGGAGCCGGAGCCUGGAUUCUGAAGGUUACUCGAUGUAAUUGGGUUGGUGAAUUGAGAUGAGGGGGGCUUGAUCACCGGAAGGCAGGUUUAUGGGAUGUUGUACUCCUGGAUUAUUAUUGAGUCUGUUCUCUUCAGCUAUGUUAAUAGUGAAGGCUUGCUCAUUUAUACACUUUAGCACAUGAUGUAUUUUAUUUAAGUUCCUGCAGGUUAGAAAGCUGAAUUGAUGGUUUUUUUUCCCCCACUCAGUUCUUGUUUUAUGUUUCGAACUUAUUUUUGCCUAGUUUUACUUCCCUUAUCUUUUGAGGCUGUUUUGAGGAAUUUCGUACCCCUUGGACCCUCUCCUCCCUGAAGGAGAGGACAACAGGCAUGAGGCCUUGCAUCCCUUUC